AUGGCUAAAAAUUUUGAUGAUAUGUUUAAUGAGGCUUUGUAUGGCAAAAGAAGACGGCAAGAUAACACACUGAUAGAUAAUUGGAUCGAUGAGUAUUUACUCGAAGAUUCAGAAGAAGAAGAUAUCGAUAGAAGCCCUAUCCCAAUUACUCGUAGAUGGAUCAACAGAGAUCGAGAAGCAGGACAUGAUCGCCUUUUUCAAGAUUACUUUGCAGAUGAACCGGUGUAUAAUGCUAACAUUUUUCGACGGAGAUUUCGAAUGAGAAGAGAUGUGUUCCUUCGGAUAGUAGACGCUCUCUCAAACGUCUAUCCGUAUUUCCACCAGAGGGUUGAUGCAACUGGAAGAAGAGGCUUGUCGCCACUUCAGAAAUGUACCGCUGCGAUACGGAUGUUAGCAUACGGCGUAGCAGCUGAUGCUGUUGAUGAUUAUGUGCGCAUAGGCGAGAGCACUACAAUUGAAUGCUUGGAAAAAUUUGUUGAAGGUGUCAUUUCUGUGUUCCAGGAUGAAUACUUGCGAAAACCCAAUCCAAAUGACGUACACCGCCUGCUACAAAUGGCGGAGGGUCGUGGCUUCCCUGGCAUGUUGGGUAGUAUUGACUGCAUGCAUUGGCAAUGGAAAAAUUGUCCAAAGGCGUGGAAAGGUAUGUACAUGAGUGGUUAUCGUGGGGUUGCAACCAUUGUACUUGAGGUUGUAGCAUCUUCAGACCUUUGGAUAUGGCAUGCGUUCUUUGGAGUUUCUGGUUCAAACAACGAUAUCAACGUGUUAGAUCGUUCUCCAGUAUUUGAUGACAUUCUAAAUGAUCGUGCUCCGGAGGUAAAUUAUACUAUUAAUGGUAAUAAUUAUACAAUGGGAUACUACGUAGCAGAUGGUAUUUAUCCUGAAUGGGCCACAUUUGUCAAAUCAAUCUCAAAGCCACAAGGGGAGAAAUGCAAGUUAUUUGCACAAUACCAAGAAGGGCAAAGAAAAGAUGUGGAACGAGCAUUCGGAGUGUUGCAAGCACGCUUUGCAAUUAUACGUGGUCCAGCUCGUUUUUGGGAAAAGAAGAAGCUUGCCAACAUAACGAGAGCUUGUAUUAUAUUGCAUAAUAUGAUUGUUGAGGAUGAAAGAGACACUUAUGCAAGAAAUUUUGCUCAAGGCUUAGAGUAUGAUGAUGUUGAAAAUGGAUUAUCACAACCUCAGCUGGGAGAAGAAGAUUUUGCACCAUACCAUCAAUUUCUCCAAAGAAAUGCCCAACUUCGAAAUAGGCAGCAGCAUAGACAAUUGAAAGAGGACUUGAUUGAACACAUAUGGUGGGCCAUAAACAGGAACUGGGAUGAGUUCCCUACUGGAGAUGGUCUAAGGCCUUGGAGAUGGGGAAUGGGGCCCCGCGGGAAACGCGGGAAAUACGGAGAACGGGGAUGGGGACAAUUAUUUCCCAUGACGGGGAAUGGGGCGGGGACGGGGAUUAAUUCUGGGGGCGGGGACGGGGAGUAG